UCGUUUCCAAUCCGGAAACUCCGCUGAGCAACUUGGAGACACUCUUCCAACCACACCACUCACACCAUGAUCAUACGGCACUCUCUACGGCCCAGCUUGGCCUCAAUCGCGCGGCCUCUGCGCCAAGUAUGCAGACGCACCCUCAUCGCCGCCCCGAAAGAGGGCGAUGGACCUCUCAUGACGCGGCGCUCCGACCGGGCCCUCCCGUCUCUCUCGUCGAGGCACGUAUUCCUCCGCACGCUUCCCCUCUUCUGCCUCGUCGUGGCGGGCUCCACCCUUGCCAUCUUCAACUACCAGAAGUCGUCGAGCAGCGUGGUCACCAGCUCGCUCUAUGCGCUUCGCGUGAACCCGUUGGCGAGGGAGGUUCUGGGCGAGGAGAUCUAUUUCGCCAGCAAGAUGCCGUGGAUCUGGGGAACGAUCAAUCAACUGCACGGCAAGAUCGAUAUCCGGUUUGGAGUCAAGGGCACGAAGGGGAGGGGUGAGAUGAGAUUCAGGUCGGAGAGGAAAGAACGAAUGGGCUACUUUGAGACGACAGAUUGGACGUUAACGACUCCAGACGGAAAAGUUAUUGACCUUCUGAAGGGAGACGUGGAUCCGCUGGGCAAAGCAGAGGUGUGAAGAGACGGAAUCACUCGACAUGUACAUACCUCCCCAGCAUGCACAAAGCACAGAGGUCGCUUUACAUGACGCCUUUGCAUGUGCUCGCUUCUCGGUACAAUCCAAAACCCCCUCAUCCUCACGCGCCAAUUCUGGCUCGCAAAACCCCCUCGACUCAUCUCUACUUCAUGCACAACAAGUGCCAAGUACUUCGACGAUCUCGGUUCUGUCCUGCAGACAGAUGUGUGAUGGCCGGACUAGGGUUUCGAAAAUGAGUCUAGGACGGUUGGUCUGAAUUAGAUAAACGCUAGUAGAGCACUUUAGACGCUACGCUCAACAGCCAGGCGGCAUCUUGCCAGCCCCCUUCUUCACCUUGCUUUGCAGGCUCAAUCUGAUCAGCUCUUCUCGUGGCGUAGGC